CAUAUUUAAGUUUUCGCGAUCUUCCCUGGGACCCCAGAACUCCUUGAACUCUAUCCUGAUACAAAUACAACCCACCCUUCACUUCGCAUACCACCAAUUAUUUCCCACUUUCCUUAUCUUGUUUCUACCAUCCACCCCAGGCCCCGCCAGUGCGGGCAUCUAUCAUCAUGGGUUCGCGUCCACGUCGCUCAGCGGCCACUAAGGCCAAUGAAGUCAUCUCUGUUCAUGCCAGAUGGGCUGACUCUCCAGAAAGAAGCGAAAGAAGCAUGUCGUCACGACGAUCUGGUCGCGCCUCAGGCGUGUCCGUCUCCCGAGAUGAUGCCUCAUCACCAGGUGGCGAUCGUCAUUUGAGUUUGACUGUCAAACUUCCUUCCAACAAACUACGACAGGCUACACGCGGGGAGCGUGGCUUUGAAGGUGGAGAAAUCGUAUCCGGAAAGCGGAAUCGAGGAGCUAAGAAAAGUUAUGUGGUUGACUCAAGCCCCGACGAAGAUGCAGAAGAGGAAGAGGAGGCAGAGAUUGAGGUGGAGGAUGAUGAUGACGAUGAGAUGGAUGUUGAUGCUGAGGGUGAGGAGGAUGCUGAGGGGGACAUCGAUAUGGAUCUAGCUCCCCCGACCAUCACUGUUUCCAAACCAGCCCGGUCCAAGCCAGCACCUCGAGCAUCGGCUGCCAAGGUCAUUCAGGAUGAUGACGACGACGACGAGCUUAGUGACCCCGCUGAUAGCGACGCUGGAGACGAGACUAUGGGUUUUGGUGAUGAGACCAUGGCUGACGAUGGUGACGAGGAUGCUGAAGGCGAGGAGAUCGAGGUCGCAGGCCAAGAAGGAGAUGAGGAUGACGAAGACGAAGAAGAUGAGGAAGAAGAUGAUGAAGGCGACGGAGGCGACGACGACGACGACGACGACGAUGAUGAUGACGAAGAUGGUAACCCAGACGAGUCUGUCGAUCUCACCAAAAUGACAAAGCGGCAACGAGCUCGAUUUGAAGAUGACAACGCGCAUCAGUACAUGAAGCUGUCAGAUGAGGUACAAGCGAAGAAGGUUUUUACAGCUGAGGAAUUGUCCAUGCGUCGACAGGAGAUGGCCCGGCGACGCCGCAACUUGAGUGAAAAGCGAAAUGAGGAAGUAAAGAUGGAAACGAUCAACAAACUCCUAAAAAAGCAAGCUCCCAAGAUCAACCGCAAGGCUGCAGCUGCUGGCGCAGGCGGUUCAGAAGACUCGAACAAGCCUGAUCCUGUCUUCGUUCGGUGGGUCAGCAACAAAAAUGGCGUUCGAGUGGCAGUGACAGAAGAGAUGCUUGACAGCCCGGCCGGCCAGGUUUUUAAGCCUGCAUCUAAACUGGCACCGGGUAAGAUGGUCCAGGAAGUUGCUUAAGGAGGCGUCAUCGUGUGUUUAUUGAAUACCGACUCCUGGUAGUUCAAUGCAUUUCGAGCACCCAGGCAGAUCAUAAUUCAGUUGGUUUAUCUGAAAUAUCGAAACGUGAAUUUCGAGAAGAAUUCAAAGGGAAUCUUUAAGUGGUUUUUUAUUUGUCUUGGCCGUACGGAUACACAUAGAUAAUAUUACUUGGCUUUGGGCCACUCAUCCAAC